AUGCAACGCUUCAUGCUGAGGGUUCCGCAGACGAACUUUUCGCGACCACGGUGGUCUUCUUUCUUCUUCACGCGACGACUGCAAUCUACUGCUGCCACUGCGGGUGAUGUGGGGUGGCAGGCUCCCGCAACAAACAGGUCCGUGGCACAUUGGUUGUACUUUUCAGCCGCUAUGGUGGGUGGUGUUGUUGUAAUUGGCGGCGUUACGCGCCUCACAGAGAGUGGACUAAGCAUAGUAGACUGGAAGCCGGUAACGGGCGUGCGGCCACCCAUGACGCAGAAGGAGUGGGAGGAGGAGUUCGCCCGGUAUCAAAACUUCCCUGAGUUCAAGCAGAAGGACACGAUGAGUUUGGACGAAUUCAAAUUCAUCUUCUUCUGGGAGUGGGCCCACCGAGUGCUGGCGCGCAGUCUGGGCAUUGUCUACGGCGCUCCCAUGCUGUACUACUUCUGCAAGGGGCGGUUCAAGGGGCAGUCGGCCCUCGCCGCGUCCAUCAUCGGCAUUCUCGCACUGGGCGGUGCGCAGGGCGGAAUGGGAUGGUAUAUGGUGCGCAGCGGCCUCGACCCGCGCCUGCUGGACGAGAGGCGCAAGGCGACGGUCUCGGCGUACCGCCUGGCCUCACACCUAGUGCUUGCCUUCACCAUUUACGCCUGUAUGAUGCGUAUUGGCUUCGCGCUUAAGAUGCCGAAGGCGAUCAACUUCCAUGGCAAGUUACCGAUACAAGCACUGGCGCGGCUCUCCUUUGCUCUUGUUUUCUGUACUGUUGUUUCCGGGGCCUUUGUGGCUGGAUUGGACGCUGGCCUAUUGUACAACGAUGAGUUUCCGUGGAUGGGUGGCGGCUGGGUGCCCCCACGCGAUCAUCUUGUCACGGUGAAGCCUUUGUGGCUUAACGCCCUUGAAAACCCUGCUGCAGCGCAAACGUGGCAUCGUUUGAUGGCUGCUGCUAGCACAAUCUCUAUUUUGAGUCUUAACGCGGCUUGUGUUCGGCGUGGUGUGGUACUUCCAAGGAUGCUGCAGCGCAGCAUGGUUGCUGUCAAUGGCAUUCUUGCACUGCAGGUGGGAUUGGGCAUAUGGACCGUUGUUUCCUACGUGGACAUUCCCGUUGCGACGGGGCACCAGCUGGGGUCGCUGCUCCUGCUGACGUCCCUUAUCCGCGUCUGCGCUGUGCUCGGGUCUCGCGGGCUGGUCUUGGCGUGA